AUGGAAGAACACACACAAAAAUUUGAUUCAGAUGAUAAACAAUUUGAGCAACAACAACAACCAUGGAAAUCUUUAUUUGAUGGAAAAUUGACGGACACGAUGUGUCACAUUCUUACACAUCGUCUGAAAAAUACUGAUGAACGUCUUCAGACAUUUUAUGAUAUUAAAGUACUUUUUUUCGUCGAAGCUCCGACAGUCAAACAUUCUAUUUUAGCCGCCGUCGCCGACUAA